AUGUUUAAAACAAAAGUUAAACCAAAAAAACGAUGUUCGACGAGUCAUUCGCGUUUGAUUGCUUUGGUCUGGCUCCUGGCGUUCUUGUAUCGAUUGGUUCCGCCUUCACCGGAAGUCUUCUGUUUGAACAUGGCGGCUACUCAAACGACAAACCCGUCACAGCUGCUCCCGCUGGAGCUGGUGGACAAAUGUAUCGGCUCCCGAAUUCACAUCGUCAUGAAAACCGACAAAGAAAUCGUCGGCACCCUGCUGGGUUUCGACGACUUUGUCAACAUGGUCCUGGAGGAUGUGACAGAAUUUGAAAUCACACCAGAGGGAAGAAGAAUAACCAAACUGGACCAGAUCCUCCUCAAUGGCAAUAACAUCACCAUGCUCAUCCCUGGUGGAGAAGGACCUGAAGUGUAAACCCCUGGACGCUGAGACGGUUUUCUGUUGUGGAUAAAAGCCUUUCCUGUGUUGGUAUUCCUGAGUUUAUUAUUAUGUGAUUAUUGUUAUUACCGGUUUUCCUUCUCGAUCUCGAGGGAGCGAAAAUAUUUUUGUAGCCAGAUUCCUGACCGAGUGUUUGAUAAACGAGAAGCGCAUCGUGUCUCACACAUGACAAACAAAAAAAAAAGCUGUUUUUGUUACAAAUAAAUCAAAGAAUCUCACAAAA